UUUUCGUCGGCGCACUGACUACACAAGCAUGGCCGGCGACACGACGCCCGGCGCUCCGUACCAGGCGGCAACCGCUUCGCCCAAGGCUGCACCGCCAGCCAGCGACUUCCGCCACGUGCUUCUGAACCCGCGCGGUGCUGAGGCCCCAGGGCUAUUCUGCUCGAACGUCGUCAUCACGUCCAAGUACACGGCAUGGUCCUUCCUGCCCAAGUUCCUCUAUGAAAGCUUCAAGAAGCUCGCCAACGCCUACUUCCUCGUCGUGUCCGUGCUGCAGUGCGUGCCCGCAAUCUCCAACACUGCGAAUCUGCCGUCGUCGCUGCCCGUGCUCUUGUUCAUCCUCGCCGUGGAUGGUGUACUUGCGAUCAUCGAAGACCGUCGGCGCCACCUUGCUGACGAAGAAGCCAACUCGGCCAAAUGUCAAGUCGUGACGGCGAGUGGCAGCCUCGAGACUAUUUUGUGGGCCAACCUUACGGUUGGCUCAAUCGUCAAGCUGGGAAACCGCGACACGGCGCCGGCGGAUCUCUUGAUUCUCGCUGUCCACGAAAAUGACCCCGACAACAAGGGUGGCAUCUGCUAUGUCGAGACCAAGUCGCUCGACGGCGAGACGAACCUUAAGCUCCGACAGGCGCUCGAAACGACGCUUGAAGCUCAAUCCGAGGCCGAAGUACUUGGACUGCACGGCCAUGUUGAGUGCGAGCAACCGAACAAAGCUAUCAGCCGCUUCGCGGGCACGGUCCUUGUCGACGGCAUGGAAAAGACGCCCAUUUCGAUCAAAAACAUCCUCUUGCGCGGCUGCCAGCUCCGCAACACAGAGUGGAUGUACGGUCUCGUGCUCAACACUGGCCCGGACACGAAGAUCAUGCAGAGCGCGUCCAAGCCUGUGGCAAAGUGGAGCUCGAUCAACGACCAAGUCAACGUCAUGAUCCAGUGGCUGCUGCUCAUGCUCCUCCUCGUCUGCGCCAUUGCUGCGUCGACGCAAUACGCCUGGGAGCAAUCGUUCAACCAAUAUGCGUGCCACGCCGAAGACAACUCGUGCUACCUCACCAAGAACGAAUACACGGGCUUCAGUCGCUGGAUCGUGGCGUGCGGCAGCUACUUCCUCCUCAUGUACCAGAUGAUUCCCGUCUCGCUUUACGUGACCAUCUCGACCGUCAUGUUUCUGCAAGCGAUCUUUAUGGCGUGGGACAUGGACGUCUACUAUGCAGCUCUCGACGUGCGCAUGAUUGUGCGAACUAUGGGCCUUAACGAAGAGCUCGGCCAGAUCUCAUACAUUUUCUCGGACAAGACGGGCACGCUCACGUGCAACGUCAUGGAGUUUCGCAAGUGCUCGAUCAACGGCGUCUCGUACGGUCUUGGCACGACCGAGAUUGGUCGUGCUGCCCUCAAGCGCAAAGGCGUUCCGGUCGCGGAGCCGUCGUCUGUCGUCAAGCCCGGAACUCAGAUUCCGUACGUCAAUUUUGAAGAUCCGCGCCUCCACAACAAGCUCAACACGAUCCCGCUCAACGACAACGUCGAGUUAUCCAAGGAGGCCGACUUUUUUCUGCACCUGGCGAUUUGCCACACGGUGAUCCCGGAGGAGUUUACGGACAAGCAUGGCGAAGUCGGUCUUCGAUACUCUGCUUCGUCGCCCGAUGAGCAAGCGCUCGUCUCGGCGGCCAAGUUUUUUGGCUUUUCCUUCGAGUCUCGGGGGCUGGGCGUCGCCCGCAUUCGCAUUACAAACAAGGCACUGCUCCACGCCAAGGGCGAGAGCGAGCUCUGGGAGUACCAAGUCUGCGACGUGCUCGAGUUCAAUAGUGAACGCAAGCGUAUGAGCUGCGUCGUGAAGGACCCGCAAGGCGAGUAUCUGCUCUUGACCAAGGGCGCCGACAAUGUCAUCGCGCCGCUCCUCUCGUCGAGCCUGAAUGAUCCAGACAUGAUCGCAGCCACCUUUAGCCAGCUCGAAGCGUUUGCCGACGACGGUCUCCGGACGCUCACGAUUGCAAAGAAGACAAUUAGUCGCGAAGAGUACAUGCAGUGGUCGCAACGCUACCGCGCGGCGUGCGCAUCACUCGAAGAGAUUGAAAAGCGGAAGCGCGGUGACGCCAACGAGAUCGACCGGCUCAUGACGGCGAUCGAGCAAGACCUCGUGCUUCUCGGUGCGACCGCAAUUGAAGACAAGCUCCAGGAUAACGUGCCCCGUGCGAUCUCGCGCCUCAUGGAGGCCGGCAUGAAAGUGUGGGUGCUCACGGGUGACAAGCAAGAGACUGCCAUCAACAUCGCGUAUGCGUGCCAGCUCAUGGACAACGACAUGGAACAGUACAUCUUCAACAUGGACGAGUACCCAGACUUGGAUGCGGUCGCGGUGCACCUGCGCGAGUGCUGGACGGCUGUCGAGACGAAUCCUGGUGUCCGGCGGUCGCUCGUCAUUGAUGGCGACGCACUCGAGCUCGUCAUGCAGGAUAUUGACACUUGCGCGGUGUUUCUCAAGGUGGCCAUGCGUUGCGACAGCGUUGUCUGCUGCCGCGUGUCCCCGUCGCAAAAGGCUGAAGUCGUCGCCCUCGUCCGCAACAACAACCUCAAAGCGCGGACGCUCGCGAUUGGCGACGGCGCCAACGACGUGGCCAUGAUCCAGCGCGCACACAUUGGCGUUGGCAUCUGCGGCCAGGAAGGCAUGCAAGCCGUCAACUCGAGUGACUAUGCGAUCGGACAAUUUUACUUUUUGGAAAAACUCCUGCUCCACCACGGCCGCCUCAACUACAUUCGCAUGUCCAAGCUCGUGGGCUACAUGUUUUACAAAAAUAUUGUCAUGGUUCUCGCGCAGUACUACUACCUCUUUGCGACUGGCUCGUCCGGCCAGAAGGCCUACUCGGAGGUCGCGUUCCAGUUGUAUAACCUGUGCUUCACGUCGCUUCCGAUCAUCGUGCUUGGCGUCUUCGAUUACGACGUGCCGUGGAGCGUCGGCGCGCAGUUUCCGGCCUUGUACCGCGUGGGCCUCAACGGCGAGCUUUUCAACACGCGCGUCUUCUUCCAGUGGAUCUGCGCCGCUGUUUUCGAGUCGGCCGUCAUUUUUGUCUUUGCCAUCUACGGCUACAACCAGCUCGAGCACGGUAUCGGCGCCGCCAACAUCCAGCAAUACGGCAUCCUUAUCUUUGCCCUCGUCGUCUUUGUUUGCAACCUCAAGAUCAUCGCGAUGCAGUCGUCGUGGAUGGUGUGGGGCGGCGUUCUCUGGUUUCUCGGUGUGCUCUCGUACAUCCCGGUGACAUUGUACGUCGAGUCUGUCUGGUACUCGCUCUCGCCCUCGGACUAUGGCACGACCCAAAACACUCUUAACGGCUCAACGUUCUGGCUCGUGAUUCCUGUCGCCUGCAUGAUGUGUCUCUUGCGCCACUUUUCUUGGGUUGCGUUCCAACGGUCGUUCUACCCGUUCUUGUGGCAAAUCGUCCAAGAAAAAUACGUGCUCGGCCUGAUGCCCAAGUCGAUGGAGAGUCCAACGGAGCUCGAGUCGGGCGAUUAUGAAGCCAUGAAUGACAAGAACAGCACAGUGGCGUCCUUGCCGCAGCGCCACGUGCAAGACGACCACGAUUACCUAAACCGCUUCUCACGGAACAGCAGCAGCCUUAGCCGCCACAGCAUGUCGUCGUCCAAGUCGUUCUCGCGCCGUAGCAGCGGCUUUGCCUUUAGCCAAGACACGCAGUCGGCGAUGGCGGAAUCUGUCAUGACAACCAUCAACGUUGGUGGCUCCAAGGCGGCGGCAAUCCACGCGGCAGAAAACCGGACGCGCUCGACCCGCAGUGACCAACGCAACACUGACUAUGCCCCGACCACGAACAACAAGUCGGGCACCCAAGGACUCUUCAUCUAGCUAAUACCUGGUUACAUGCACACUUUCAUGCGUUGCACCACCGGGGUGUAGUUUGUGUUUUGACCGGAAGGGAACUUCUAUGUGGAUACGUGGAAAAUAAUCAUCAUAUCGCUAAUGCUGCAGUGUAAUAUGAAUAUAUAGGCGUGAUG